AUGCCCUUCAUCACCCCCGGAGCCCCGCCUGCCCCGCCCGCCCCGCGCCGCCGCCGCAGCCGUUUUAUGGCGGCGCUGCAAGCCACGCGCGAUGCGCGCGCCGAGGAAAUCCGCGCCGCCUAUGUGCGGCGCCGCGACCGCCGCGCCGCGCAGGACCGCACCUCGUCCGACCCUCUCAUUCGCUACACCCAGCAGUUUAUCGACGCGACCGACCGCCUGAACAACAUCAUCCUCUUCCUCCAGGGCCUCUUCGGCAUCCCCCUUGCGCGCGGCCAGGCCCACACGUACGGCCGCUUCCUCUCGAUCUACCAUCAGACGCGUCAGUCGGGCGAGCGCGCGCGCUGCCUUGGUUUCUCCCUGCGCCUGUGGAACGCGCGUGCCAUCCAGGCCUACGAGAAGUUCGCGUACUGCGUGCGCGUCGCGCACUUCCACGAGCGCCGCCAGUGGGGUUGGAAGGGCACGUCGGGCGGCGAUAUCAUGGAGCUCAUGUACGAGGCCGUUAGCGAGGUCAUCGCUGCCCUUCGCAAGGUGUCGGCUGCCGCGGCUUCGGUUGAGAUCGCGAAUAUCCGUCGCAUCCUCGCCAUCGCCGUUGCGACCGAGCCCCCCAAGCCGCAGCAGAGUAGCUAA